UGUACGUGGAAGCGUUGUCUUGUCUCCCCUGUACCGCUCGAGAUGGAGGGAAACUUUAUGAUAUACGAGGAUAUCUAUUUCUUUAUUCAAGUUUUUUUUUACCAAAGGCUUUUACUUAACUUCUGCCAAGGUUAUUUAUUUAAUUUCAUACAAGUGAAUAUAAUAGGCUACAAAAAGCUAUUCCUACAUCGCGUCGGAAGAGAACUACGGGCACCAUUGGAUAAACAGGUCUGUAAUCGUGAAUAGGACCCUCAAGCUCUCCAUCCAGCCAUGUGGUAGUCUACACAUCUUUACCCAGUUAUCAGUCAGCCCACCAGAUCCCGGACCCACACGGCAAUCGCUCACUCCUCACCAGACUCAGCCUUCAACACAGACAGCAGCUGGUCUCAUGGCCCACCCCUAUGAACCCUGGUUACGGACAGCACCCCCUAGUGGCAGCUCAGACGAGAUGAACGUUCCCUCGUGGUGGGACCUCCACACCGGGCCAGGGAGCUGGAUGGACCUGCAGGCGGGCCAGGGUGUGGGCUUACAGGCAGUUGGUCAGAGCUCCAUGGGGCUGCAGUCCUCCCUGGGGCCUUAUGGCUCUGAGCCCCAGCUGUGUACUCCUGCCCAGCUAGCCCAGCUGGCCCCAGCCUCACACUCAGCUCACGCUCACCUCUUCCCCCAGGAUAGCUUCAAGAUGGAGCCGCUGGGAGGACCUGAGCUCCUGCAGCCGGAGUCGUACUCCCUGGAGGAGCCACAGGAGGGUGCCGCCUCGGUCCGGCCCAAGCCCCAGCGCCGCUCUGCCUCCAGGGGCUCGGGCCAGUCUGUGUGCCGGUGCCCCAACUGCGUCCACGCCGAGCAGAUGGGCCAGAGCACUGACGAUGACCGGAGGAAACACAUGCACAACUGCCACAUCCCGGGCUGCGGCAAGGCCUACGCCAAGACCUCCCACCUGAAGGCCCACCUACGCUGGCACAGUGGGGACCGACCCUUCGUCUGCAAUUGGCUCUUCUGCGGCAAGCGCUUCACACGCUCCGACGAACUUCAGCGACACCUGCAGACGCACACCGGCGCCAAGAAGUUCAGCUGCACCAUGUGCCCCCGCGUAUUCAUGCGCAACGACCACCUGGCCAAGCACAUGCGCACGCACGAGUCUCCCUCCGGGCCAGGGGAGGAGAGGAUGUAUGGAGAGGGGGGCAGGAUGGAGAAGAGCUUUGACACGCCUUCUCCUCAGUCCUCCCAUGCCACUGCUUCUGACACAGAGGCACCCCUUAAGCAGCCGAAAUGUGAGAAAGAACCCUCUGGGACAGGACAGUCCAGCUAACUGCAUCCCGUCCACGUCUGGAAUGCUAUACAGAUAAUGUACAGUCAGUAGGCUACUAUUGACCCUUUCUAUCAGACAGAGAAUCCAUAGUUUAUAAUAUCUGUAGUCCAGUGGAGGUAGAAUCAUAGGGGGUUUUAUAUUAUAAAUUGAUAGUUUAUUUCUACCAGAUGCAUUGAACAACAUAAGGCAACAAAGGCCCCUCUGAUUUUCAGAAUUCAUCAUAUCACAUAUAACAGCACCAUACAGCAUAGACAGACAUAAAACCAAAGAGCCCAACGCUAUUACCCAUACGUUGCAUCACCAAUAGAGGACAAGCUGUCAAGUGCCUUGCUGGAAGGAUAUCCAUCUAAGGAAUCAAGGAAAAUGAUUUUUCAGAUGUUCUCUUCCAUUUAAGGAUAGCUUUGGUGGCAACCAAGCCAGAGCCAAAGCUUGCUAGCUGCUAGGACUUCCAUUGCUGCUACUACUAUUAUACCAUCCAUCCUCAGAGACUUUGGGAACGAGUUAAACUGAAGAUGGUGUUUGAUGUGUUUACAAUAAAACUACCAGCUACUUGGAGAGAUAUUUAUUUCCAGGAAGUCAUCAAUCUCUCCAGCCUCCACUGCACAAAUCUAACUGAAUUUAAGGCAAUGGAAGUAGUGGGUUAGAAUAUGUUGGUAUGUUGUGUUGGCUUCAUUUUCCCACCCUUUAACCCACCCCCUUGACUUGCUGUGUAUAAUAUACUGUAUGUGAGUGUAUGAACAUGUCACUGGAAAAUUACACACUGUAUUUUUGUUUUUGACCAUGCACAAUGUUGGCAUCAACCUUUUGCCAAAGAGCACCACACUAGGCACCGCAAAAAUUCAGUUUGGUGCGGUAUGUGGGCGGUGCAAAUACAAAUGAGUGCAUUUGCUCUGCAGAUGGCUAAUGAAUUAAAAGUAUGGCACUUGAAGUGCAGAGAUGUCCUACUAGAGCACAUUAUGGCAUGGUACUCAUACAUGUGCAUAUUUUUUCUGUUUAAUGUACAGUAAGAAGACAUGAAUUGUGUUAUCAAUGUAUUUCACUUAAAUGCACCAUAUAUAUCAUCAUGUUUAAAUACCCUUCAACUGUGACUAAAAGCAUUGUUGCUCAUCUUUUGACACUCCUUAUCUCGGCUAUGCAGGUGUGAAUGCUACAUGAUGACAGCAUAUCUCAUUCACAGGAAAUGUGGAAUUCCAUGGUCUUGUCCCUGGUAGUUUAUGAUCCACAUGAUACACAGUUCACACUUCACAAAACCUACUGUAGUAACAGGUUGAUAAGGAUUUCCUCGGACAAAAGACAGGCUGGAUACAUCGCUACUCAUGAAAUAUACGCUAGACUGAAAUGUGUGCUGAACUGAAACCCCUCAUUGAGAGGAACUUCCACAGGAAGUCACACCAACAACUUCCAGGAUAAGCAACAAUUCCUCCUCCAAAGUUGUUCAAGCAUAUAGCCGAAAACAGAUAGAGUGCACUUGUUUAGAAGCAAUUUUGAUAUUAGUAGUCAUAAAUAAUAUUUGAUAUAUUGAUAGAAGAUGCACUUCGAUAAAGUUUUAGGAAUCCAGUAAAGACAUUUCUAAAUCAAAUCAAAUCAAAUUGUAUUGGCCACAUGCGCCGAAUACAACAGGUGCAGACAUUACAGUGAA